AUGCCCCCGCUGAUAGCAAAUGCUGGGGUUGGUGCUGUAUUAUAUACGUCUUACCUGCAGGUCCUUGGGGCGUUGCAUGAGCCAGUCUCCCGCGGCGUUAAACGUAUCUACCCUCCUCCUAGUCCUUUAUAUACAUUUUCGGCUGGAUUUGCUGCUGGCACAUUGCAAUCCAUAGUGGCGGCUCCAUUAGAUGCCCUACAAGUGCGCCUUCGAACAAACGAUUUGCUCGAGGGGCAGUACCGAAGCAUGUGGCAUUACGGGUCCCAUAAGCUUCGCCAGAUCGGUCUUCGCGGCAUCUUUGCCGGUUGGAGCUUGUCCUUCCUCCGUGACGCAUUUGGGUACGGCGUCUUCUUCUCUUUCUUCGAGUAUAUCAAGUCGCAGGCAUAUUACUCUUUUAUCACUGGUUACUAUGGAGACCUCCACUCGCGCCACCUUGACAAGAUGAUACUCAGUCAAUCGAGUGACCGUGGAGUACCAUUGAUCAAGCCACACUACACGCUAGAGCCGAUUUUCUUGAUGCUUGCAGGGAUUACGGCGUCUGUUGCUCAGCAGGCCAUACAGCACCCCUUGAGCAUGAUCCAAAACCUUCACGUCGCGCGAUUGGAAUAUCUUGAUCAUCAGGCGAGUCUGCACCCGUCGAGAAAGCAAAUGCUACGUCUCUACUAUCUUGCCUAUCAGGAAACAUACAAACGAUGCGAGAGGAGAGCUGCACGCGCAGGAGGCUGGCGUCAGUGGCUAUUUCGCGGGUUUUUCCGCAGUGCCAUCCGUCAGGUCCCGAGCACCAGCGCAGGCCUGGUCAUAUUUGAAGUGGUGCGUCGUAAAUACGCUAACUUGGCAGACGCUGUGUACAUUCAGAAAGACGGAUAUGAUAUUCUUCUGCCCUAG